AUGGGGCUGUCAUUCACGAAGCUCUUCAGUCGGCUUUUCGCCAAGAGGGAGAUGCGGAUCCUUAUGGUGGGUCUUGAUGCUGCUGGUAAAACUACUAUUUUGUACAAGUUGAAGCUCGGGGAGAUUGUCACGACCAUUCCUACCAUAGGUAUGCUUUUUCUGGGUUAAUUUAACUGUGGACCUGUUCCUAUUACUUUAUCUUUCCUGUAAUAUGUCUACUAUCGCUUGUUUCUGUGUAGUUAUACUUUGUGUUAUUUGGGACCUUUCUAUAUGUAUGAUUGUUGAUAUCAUAUUUGCUAGGAGAGAAGCAAAGAGAAUCAGGUGUCAACAUGCUUUUUAAACAAAGUAUGGAUAUUCUGUUGUCUUGUUUGCACGAGAGAGUUAGAGUGAGCUGCCAGUGGGAGAAGGAUGGAGGGAAAACACUUACAUAAGUUGAGAGGAGGGAAAUACUUUUACUAACAUCUCUCUCAUCUUUAUCGUCGCCUAAAUAUCAUUAUGUAUAAUAGAAAUCCGUGGAGCAUACAUCCAAGGAUCGUUGUUAAUGCAUAUGUGGUGUUUAACAUUACUAAUGCUUUAUAUCUUUUUUCUUUGAACACUUUAAGAAGCAGAGUGGCAAUUAUCGAUGUUGUUGCCAUUACCUCUCAUUUACUGACCAAGUUUUAAAUAAUUUGGUGAUUCUGUGAUAAUUCAUAAUAUUCUGGACUGCUGUAAAUCAGUAAAAAAGAAUUAAAAAUACAUAUAUUUCUUAUAAUUUUCGUAGAAAAUACGUUUGAAGUAUUUAGGUGGAAAAUACGUUUUUCCACCUCAGAUAACAUGUUCAAUUCGAUUCGGAGCUCUUAGGUUCAUUCAAACUACUUUGAAGUAUUUUCCAAUGCAAUUUUCGGGUCCUGAUCAGUUUUCUUACCGUGAAUAUAUAUUUUCUGUCACUAAUUGAAGAGAAAAAUAGGCGCAACAUAUAAUUGUUUUCUUUUUUUGUUUGUCAGGAUUCAAUGUUGAGACAGUUGAAUACAAGAACAUUAGCUUCACUGUGUGGGACGUUGGGGGUCAGGACAAGGUAUUUGAAUCUCCUAGAGCAUAUUAUCUUUUUCCUGACGAAGCACUGAUCUUGUAACAUAAUCUAGUAGAUCAUGAUAGAUAGAGAUCAUUUUAGUUUUAACCUCUUCAAGUUUUUUUUUUUGGCUACUAAAGCGCAUUUUUCGUUUUCUUUUUUCUUUCUUUCCUAGUUUUAUUAGCACCCAUUGUUGACGUGUUGAACAUUUUGUCUUGAUUAUCUCAGGGAUAUUUUUAUACUCGUUUGGAACAUUUGACAUCAGACCUCAAGUGUUGAUUUGUCAUUUUUUUAAUCAUUUUUAUGGACGGUGCAGAGGAAAUCCAUGAUACUAGACAUAGAGAAUGAAGUGCAUUGGAUAUGUUAUUCAUGCAAGGUUUUGUGUGCAUAGGAUAGAAUGUUUGGUAACUUCUUGAUGGACAAUUUAUAAGCUGUUCGUUUGGACGGAUAUGAUUAUGCAUCCUGACAAGCAUGGUCUCUGAAUUCAUCAGCUUUCGCCUUUGAAAAUACAAGAUUUAAAUAACUCAGUGAUCUUUUUAUGGGUCAAAUGUUUGAAAGUGUGAAUGAGGUAUCUAAAAGAAAAUAUCUGAAUUUUUUAUUUUUCGCAAUUUUCCGUGGGUUUAUGAUUCAGUAAUAGUAAAUUAUAUUCUAGCUUCUUUACAAUUGCCAGUUUUUAAAUUCGCUGAAGUAUCAUAUUUUGUUCAGCUAUUCUCAAUCAGAAAUUAUGCUACUUUCAAUGCUUCACGUCUACUACAUAUGAUCAUAUAUUAAUGUGAAGCAUAUAUAGAUUAAUAAUCAUUUUUCCGUCUACCUUCACCUCAUCGAUUGAUUGAUUUCUUUUCUUAGUUCAUGGAUUUUGUAUUUUUUAUGGAUUCUCGCAAAAAUUAUGGGCAAAUUCCGCUUUUAAAGAGUCUCUAUAGUUUUUAUUUAUUCAUUCAUCUACAGCAAUGUUGAUUAUAUAUAUAUAUAUAUAUAGAGAGAGAGAGAGAGAGUAAAAAAAUGACCUUUGCAUUUGGGUGUAUCAGAUCCGUCCAUUGUGGAGACAUUACUUCCAGAACACCCAGGGCCUCAUCUUUGUGGUGGAUAGCAACGACCGUGACCGAGUUGUUGAGGCUAGAGAUGAACUCCACAGGAUGCUAAAUGAGGUAAAAAACGCACGAUCAUCCCCCUCCCCCUUCAUACGUCACUUUUCAACUGUUCCACUGGGCCAGGUCCCUCAAUUAGUAAGAAAAAAAGAAAAAGAUCUUCCAACUGGUCUUCUCAGGGGAGUCCUCUCUCUCUCUCUCUCUCUUCUCCAUUGCUACGUGGGAGAAUUAUGUGGAUGCUGGGUGACCUUAAGAGGUCUGUUCUUUGAUGGCAGGACGAGCUGAGAGAUGCGGUGCUGCUAGUGUUCGCCAACAAGCAGGAUCUCCCCAAUGCGAUGAAUGCAGCAGAGAUCACCGACAAGCUCGGUCUCCACUCCCUUCGCCAGCGCCAUUGGUAAUCUCUCUCCCUCUCUCUCUCUCACUCACUCACUCACCAUUUCUGAACCCUCUGAAAUUGCCCACAAGCUAUAUAUGGGCCUCCUCCGGCUUGCGUUAGGCCACGUGGCAGUUCUCUCUCUUCUCUCUCUCUCUCUCUCUCUCUCUCCAUCUCUUUCUCUCUCGUAUACGUCAAGCGACUGGUCCACCGUAUUAAUCUGCUGUGCUCAUCCCCUGCCCGCUCAUGUGUCUCCCUCUCUCAGGUACAUCCAGAGCACCUGCGCCACCUCCGGGGAAGGACUGUACGAGGGGUUGGACUGGCUCUCCAACAACAUCGCCAGCAAGGUCUGA